GUUCUGACGUCACAGAUCCCCGGGGGCGACGCUGCUCCGUCGCUAUAUAACUCCGCCGAUGUUGUGGAGGGUACCAGCGCACAGAAGCAGACAGGAGACAGAGAAAUCACACACCUAGCUAACAAACAUGGUGAAGAUCACCUUCCAGCCCGUGUCGGCGCAGAAGCCCGAAAAAGACAACGAUCCGGACAAGAUCAUUCUUCCUCAGGCUCACGGACGACUGGUUCCCAUCAUAAAGCCUAAAAGGCCAUUCCCACUGGGCCAGUGCUGCCUCGUCCUCAGCCUGGUGGUGUUCAUGUCAGGACUGGUGCUUGCUUCAGUCUACAUUUAUCGCUACUACUUUAUAACUCAGCAGCAGAUCCCAGAGGACAGCCUGUUUCACUGUCGGGUCAUCUACGAGGACUUGGUGUACGCUCCGCUCAGGGGACGGCAAGAGCUGGAGGAGAAUGUCGGCAUCUACCUUGAUGACAACUAUGAGGAGAUCAGCGUGCCUGUGCCUCAUUUUGGAGGCAGCGAUCCUGCUGAUAUCAUCCAUGACUUCCAGAGGGGCCUUACAGCUUAUCACGACAUUGCCUUGGACAAAUGCUACAUCACCGAGCUGAACACAACCAUGGUGAUGCCUCCACGGAGCCUGUGGGAGCUGCUCAUUAAUGUCAAGAGAGGAACAUACCUUCCUCAGACUUACAUUGUCCAGGAGGAGAUGGUGGUGACCGGAAGGGUGAGGAACAUGAGGCAGCUGGGGCCGUUCAUCCAUAGGCUCUGCUUCGGCAAAGAGACGUACCGCCUCAGACGCCGCAGCCAGCGCCAACGUAUCGAGAGACGCGAGACAAAGAGGUGCCACAAGAUCCGUCACUUUGAAAACACUUUUGUGGUCGAGACAGCCAUCUGCGACAGAUUCUAGAAAUCUGAGGCGGAAAUCUCAGCCAGCCAGCACUGAAGCCUACUCCAAACCAAACCUCUUGAAUUCCUUAUGUGUUAAACUGCACUUUAAGAGCAACAUGUUGUCCAGUAAAAAAUGUCUUUUUCUUUUAGGUUUUGUCUUAUUUUGAAAUGCUCUUUCACGUAAAAUGUCAUUUUAGAAUUCUGAUAGUCUUUAACGUCGUACCUUUACCGUUGGAUUUAUCUGUAGGUUAAUAUCAAUGUGGGUCGGUUCGUGACGUUGAUUUAAUUUAACUGCAUUUUUGUAUUUCUGAAUAAGUUGGUGCACUGCAGAUCAUUGUAGAUACUUCGAAGCUGCUCGUACUUUGCACUCAUGUCGAUGUUUGUUUUGUUUGGUUUAAAUCCAAAACAUACCUCAUGUAGUUAAGAUGUUAAUUUUCUGGUUUGUAUCAAUACUGUAUAUAACUUUGAUUGUUACAAAGCAAUAUAUAUUGUAAAUUGAUUUUUCUUCUUAAUAAUGUUAGAUUUUUAACAUAAAUCAACUUGUUUAGUGAGAGAUCAUUGGUUCGCCUCUUCUUUUAUUGCAUAUUAACGGCUUUAGACUGUAACUAGUAGCAGCACUAUAGAGGGACAAAGGGAACCCAAGUCUGCGGAGAGUGAUGCUAUGUUAAGGGUUAUAAACUUUAUACCGAGUGCUUUAUAGUUAAGAUCACUCACUGUAGAUCAGAUCAAAGGUUAAAAACGUACUUUGUUAUGCUCUUCCUCCUCUUCCUCUGUCUUUAGCUCUGUUCCAUCUUGACAUUGUCUCCUCAAUCAUGUUUCUCAUCAUUAAAAAAGAGCAUUUAUUGUCUUUUUAUGAUGCUCGUGUGCUCAUAUUUCAUCAUCUUUAACUGUACAGACAAUUUCUCUGGUACUUUUUGCUGCUUUAAGAAUAAAGAAUCGAACUUUG